AUGUCCUUACUAUCAACGCUCGAUCCAAUUAUUCGUUCGGUAUUUUCCCGAUGGACAGCUUUGCAAUUAGCAGUCGCUCAUUCCAUGGGAGGUUCAGAGAGUGAAGCAAAGUACGAAGCGUUCAUUAGUACAUUUGCAGAGUUUUUAACACGAAAUUUACGACCAUCACUACCUGUGUCAGCUGUGGAAAGCGAGAUUCAAGUAUAUCUGGACGAAGUUCUCGACGAAGAGUUCAACACUGAAUUAGACGAUGGUUCAAGUCAAGAAUUAGCUCAAUUAUUUCAAGAGUUACAAUUACAGCAAGCAAUGACGCCAGCAGUUCAAAAGUCGAUUCGGAAUGAGAAUGAUGCUGAGAGUUCAACAUCGGAUGAGGAUGACGAUGAUGAUAGAAUCGACGAAGAGGAAGAAGAAGAAGUCGGUGAAGGAAGAGCGAAACCACAAUCAAUGGAUGUUGAUGAAGAUGGAUGGACAACAAUGGGUAUAUUCCGUUUCGGAAAUGCUGAAUACUCGACUAACUUUUUCGUCGCAUCGAUCUGCAUGUUUCUAAGUACCUUAUGCUGUAUAUCUGCGUUUGCUUCGCCUUAUUGGACAAAACGCUACCUUGAUACACCGCAAGAUUUUCAAAACAUUGGCCUGUGGGAAUUAUGUUUAUACAAAUAUCGUCAUUAUAAAGAUGAUCUGCAAAUACCAUAUACAGGCUGUUUUUGGUUCUGGACAAACGAAAUGUAUCGUUUUCGAGAUUGGAUUAUUCCACCGUGGUUCAAAUGGGUACAAGCAUUUGCGACGCUGGCGUUUAUUUUUACUAUUGCAACUAUCUCCAGUUUGGCUGUAGCAGUAUUUUCGGCAUUUCGCUGGCAAUGGAGAUAUCAACUAAUUUGGUGUAUCAUGUCGUUUGUAAUUGUUGCAUGUGAAUUGGUAGCUUUGUGUAUCUACGGUGUUUAUAGUCAAGAUCGGCUUUGGAUGCCGCGGCCCGAGUUUAAUUAUCUUUCGUACAGUUAUUGGAUUGAAGCUGGUGCACUUGUUUUAGCUUUAACUGCCUGUUUAUUGUUUGGCGCUGAAAUUCAAUUUCUUCGUGAACCGUUCGAAACCUAUAUCGACGAAAAGCACUAUCACGACCAAUUUCCCUAUUCACCAUCCAAUGGUUCACAUCUUCAACUGACUCAAUCUCGCAACCGUUUUUCUCAAUAUGAAGUCUAG